AUGGACGGCGUCGUUCCAGCACCUUCAGUCGCCGCUCCUGCAGGCGGUGGCCAAGCUCCUCCAAGGACAAAAUCAAAGGCUUACCAGACAACGAUUGCUGCUGAAGCUGACGACCUCAAGUACGAGAGCAAGUACAAGGAACUCAAGAAAAAAGUCAAAGAGGUCGAAGAGGUUAGCUCACCUCCAUUGCCGACAUGCAUUUACACGGCGCACGUCUCGCUGACACGUCGCUUUCGUCUCGUACAGGAUAACGAGCAACUCUAUGUCAAAAUCUUGCAAGCACAGCAGAGUAUCCAGAGAUUGCGACUCGAAAGAGCAUUGAUAUAUGAACGUCUAGGAAAGCUUGCGCCUCCUCAGAUCGCUCCAGUUCCCCAGCCUGUGCACGUUCAAUCCAUAGUCGACGAUCAUCCACAUCCUCAUCACCCUCCUGCCGCAUCGUCGUCCACUGUACCAGCUGCGCAUCAACCACACCCACUCUCUCAAUCGUUUACUGCGACCCAUCGGGACCAGGAACGAGACGCUCGUUCGAAUGGACCUCCAGCACCAUAUACAUCCAUCCCUCGUGAACGAGACCCUGUGUCCUCUGCGUAUCAGUACUCUUCAUCGCGUACUGGUCCUCCAGCCGCACCGUUGCCUCCUAUGAAGGAUGUCCCCAUGCAUACAGACGACGUCCAAGUGCCGCACCAUCCAUUGCCUCGUAAAAGGCCUUCCCAACCGUCUAUUUCCUCAUCAGCUGCUGUCCUUCCACCGCUGCCAGCAGUGCAGUAUGACAGUGCUCGGUAUCAUCCCCAGCCACGCGAGUCGGACGAACGAGGACGACGGCAUUCACCUGGAGCAUACUAG